AUGUCUCAAAAGUGGGCUGACGUCAAGGCCGAGAGCGAUGCCUUCGCUGCUGAAGUCCGUGAGAUCGAAGCAUGGUGGCAGACUGACAGGCAGAAGCACAUCCAGAGACCAUACACUGCGAAGUCCAUUGCUGCUCUGCGGAAUGUCGGUUUCAAGAUCGAAUACCCUUCCAGCGUCCAGGGUAGGAAGCUCUGGAGGAUUCUAAAUGAGCACAACGACAACGGCACGUACGAGCUGACGUUCGGGACGACUGAGCCCCUGAUUGCGAAGGAAAUGGCGAAAUACAUGCAAACCGUUUACGUGUCUGGUGCGCUGUGUGGCCUGUCUCAAGCAACUUGGCCAGGUGAAGACCACGCCGACUAUCCGGCCGACCUUGUCCCCUCUGUUGUCAAGCGCAUCUUCAACACCCAGCUCUUCCAUGACCAGCGCCAGACCCAGCUGAGAAUGCGAUACAGCGAGAGCGACCGUGAGGCGCUUGAAUGUAUCGACUACAUGCUUCCCAUUGUCGCUGACGCCGACAUGGGGUUUGGCACUUUGACUGGCUGCAUGAAGCUCACAAGAAGCUUUGUGGAGGCCGGCGUGGCUAUGAUUCACAUUGAUGACUUGGCUAUGGGCCUCAAGAAGUUUACAAACGGCGAGGGGCGGACUAUUGUUGCUACCUCAGAGUAUCUUUCGAGGCUGAAGACCGUGAGGAUGACAUUUGACAUCAUGGGGGCGGACACAAUGCUUCUCUGUCGAUGCGACAGUGACCAUGCCGAAUUCAUCACUAGCGUGAUCGAUCCUCGAGACCACCCCUACGUCCUUGGAGCUACGAAGCCACUUAGCUCAUUCAUUCAAGCCCUCGAAGAGGGCCAGAACACCGAGAAGGACUACCUGUCGGUGAAAGCUGAAUGGAAAGAAUCUGCUGGCCUGAUGACCUUCGACGAGGCUGUCAAGGCUAUGGCGACCAAGGAGCAAUACGACAACUACGAGACCGAGAUCACUGAUAAGAUUGUCGCCUUGCAAGACCGGAGGGCCAUCGCCAAGCGAAUUCUGGGUACAGAUGUGGCGUUUGACUGGGAGCUUCCGAGAACCCCUCUCGGUCAGUACAUGUGGCAGUGGUCAAACAAAGCUGUCAUCGACCGUUGUAUUCUGGCCGCGCCUCUGGGCGAUUUGACUUGGAGUCGUCAAGAUAAGCCAAACAAAAAAGACAUGCACGAGUUCCACACGGCCCUGCGCGAAGCGUACCCAAACCGACUCUUCGCCUUCGGAUAUACGGGCGCGUACGACUUCAGCAAGGGCGGCUACUCCGCAGAAGAGGUCGAAACGUUCCCUGCCGACAUUGCGAAGAUGGGUAUCGUGUGGCAAGUGCAGCCCAUCUGGGCCACCCAGGGACUGAGUCUGCAUGCUAAGCAUUUUGCGGAGAAGUUCAAGAAAGAAGGUAUCGCGGGCUACAUGCGAGAUGUUGCCGCGCCGGCGAUCGCCGGCAUGGCGACGGACAAGUACGGGAAGCCGACCGCUCGUGGAGGGUAUCUUGCAGAUGCGUUCUUUGAUGUCGUGGCUGGAGGAGAGAUUACGGAGAGAGCUUGA